AUGAAUCGCUGUUGGGCCCAGUACGAAACCCAAACAUCCGGAUAUGGCACAAAUAAUCCCUACGAAGUGCAAAAGGUUGCGAAGCAGUCACCCCAGACUAGAACCGCAGACUACACCUCUUACAAAGCUCCGCGAUCCGGUCGCAAACCUAAUUUUCAGAAGGAGGAACAGGCCAAAACCACAAAAGAAACCCAAAACUUCACAAUGAACAGUAGUAGAUUCGGAAAUGGAUCCGCUACGACCGCACAGCCGAAUAAUCAGGCAAAUGCUGGCAGUGAAACCUCUUUUAACGCUGUAAAUCCCCCUGGAGUUUUUGCUGGUGCUCCUAUCUUUAUUCCCAACUUGAACAAUUUGUUUCAAGGCAACCUCUUGCUACCCAGUUUCCAGCAGGUCAACCAGCAAGAAAGCGGUAAUCACAUUCAGCACCAGGCUCAGCCGCCCAGUUACCAAGCACCCAGGCCCGAUCCAACCUACGAAGAUGGUCAAUCAAACUACGAUAAUCAACAGCCGGGGCCGGUGACCAGUGCGUACAGUAGACCUACCAGCUACAGUACCCCGCCGAGUACUGCAGCCACAUUUCCGACUCUCAUGACGAUGAAGCUCCCACUUCUCCUGAGCCUGGUAGCACUAAGUCUACAGGACUAUGCCCUUCCUCCGUCUGGAUACGGGAACAACCCGGCACAAGUGCAGAACAUUGCCAUCAAUGCACCUGCAACCAUACCCCCGGUCAGUGCGGGAAGCAUGGGAUUCGGUGGAGGUUUUGGACCC